CAGCUGAGGGCUGAUGGUGGGAUUUGGGAAAAAAGAUGUGUCAUCAGCUGGCUCAGUGCCUUAAAUGCAUCUGCUUGCUAGAGAUUCCCUUCCCCUGGGCAAGUCCCUUCCCUCCCCCCCCCCUUCUUUUUUAAGGAAAAAAGAAAACCACUAAGGUCUUUGGGAAGCAAUGAUACAUCCUCCAUCCUUCAGAGUCCCAGUGACCAAGCUUCUGGCUGAGUGGCUUACAGAUCUGCCACUCACACACAGAGGGCGGUUCUGGAUGCUUAAAAGAGCUGGAGGGGAGAGAGGCUGGGGAGAACCCGGGGAAGACCCACAGAUACACAGAAACGAGAGAGACAGAAGAGGAGAGAGACAGAGACAAAGAGACAGCAGCAGGAGGAGGAGGAGGAGGAGGCAAAGACAGGGCGAGCACUGAGGCAAAGCCAGACAGCUGAGCAGAGGGAGAAGCCAAGGAGUCACAGACAAAGACCUGGGACAGAAAGGCAAAGGAGGAAGUUUUGGAGCAGAAAGAACCCGUGGGCACUUUUCCUGAGCCCAGGGGCUGUUUUCUUUUUCAUCUUCUCUGAAAGUCCCUAGCCCAUUUAAAAACUUUGCCUCAGAUUUUGGCACAAGCCCCAAAGCCCUUCUGGCUUUAACGAGGAGCCUUCCACAGUUAGGGUGUGGAGCAUUUUGGUGCCGCAGAUGGCCUCAAUCCAUCCCAGCUGCAGCCCGGGUACCAUGUCCCAGAUGGGCUUGCAUCCCAGGAGGGGCUUGACUGGGCACUGGCUGCAAAGAUUCCAACCCUGCUUGCCGCUUCACACUGUGCAGUGGCGGAGGCUGCUGCUGCUGGCCUUCCUCCUGUCCUUAGCGUGGCCCGCCAGCCCCCUCCCCCGGGAGGAGGAGAUCGUGUUUCCAGAGAAGCUCAAUGGCAGUAGCAUCCUACCUGGAUCAGGCGUUCCUGCCAGGCUGCUGUACCGAUUGCCAGCCUUUGGGGAGAUGUUGCUACUAGAACUAGAACAGGACCCUGGGGUGCAGGUAGAGGGUUUGACUGUACAGUACCUGGGCCAGGCACCUGAGAUGCUGGGUGGGGCAGAGCCAGGUACCUACCUGACUGGCACCAUCAAUGGAGAUCCGGAGUCGGUGGCAUCUCUGCACUGGGACGGGGGAGCCCUAUUAGGGGUACUGCAGUACCGUGGGGCCGAACUCCACCUCCAGCCUCUGGAAGGAGGCGCCCUUAACUCUGCUGGGGGACCGGGGGCUCACAUCCUACGCCGGAAGAGUCCUGCCAGCAGCCAAGGUCCCAUGUGCACCGUCAAGGCUCCUUCUGGGAGCCCGAGUCCCAUUUCCCGCAGAACCAAGCGCUUCGCUUCUCUGAGUAGAUUCGUGGAGACACUGGUGGUAGCAGAUGACAAGAUGGCAGCAUUCCAUGGUACAGGGUUAAAGCGCUACCUGCUGACGGUUAUGGCAGCUGCCGCUAAAGCCUUUAAACACCCAAGCAUCCGAAACCCUGUCAACUUGGUGGUGACGCGCCUGGUGAUCCUGGGGUCCGGCCAGGAAGGGCCCCAAGUGGGGCCAAGUGCCGCCCAGACCCUACGCAGCUUCUGCACCUGGCAGCGGGGCCUCAACACCCCUAACGACUCAGAUCCUGACCACUUUGACACAGCCAUUCUGUUCACCCGGCAGGACCUGUGUGGGGUCUCCACUUGUGACACCCUGGGUAUGGCUGAUGUGGGCACAGUGUGUGAUCCAGCUAGGAGCUGUGCUAUUGUGGAAGAUGAUGGGCUCCAGUCAGCCUUCACUGCUGCUCAUGAACUGGGCCAUGUCUUCAACAUGCUCCAUGAUAACUCCAAGCCAUGCACUAACUUGAAUGGGCAGGGGGGUUCCUCUCGCCAUGUCAUGGCUCCUGUCAUGGCCCAUGUGGACCCUGAAGAGCCCUGGUCGCCCUGCAGUGCCCGAUUCAUCACUGACUUCCUGGACAAUGGUUAUGGGCACUGCCUCUUAGACAAACCGGAGGCUCCCCUCCAUCUACCAGCGACUUUUCCUGGCAAGGACUAUGACGCUGACCGCCAAUGCCAACUGACCUUCGGUCCUGACUCAAGCCAUUGUCCACAGCUGCCACCGCCCUGUGCUGCCCUCUGGUGCUCUGGCCACCUCAAUGGCCAUGCCAUGUGCCAGACGAAGCACUCACCUUGGGCUGAUGGCACUCCCUGCGGGUCUUCACAGGCCUGCAUGGGUGGCCGCUGUCUGCACGUGGACCAGCUCAAGGACUUCAAUGUUCCUCAGGCUGGAGGCUGGGGCCCCUGGGGACCAUGGGGUGACUGCUCCAGGACUUGUGGGGGUGGUGUCCAGUUCUCCUCCCGGGAUUGCACGAGGCCCGUCCCCCGGAACGGUGGCAAGUAUUGUGAGGGCCGCCGGACUCGCUUCCGCUCCUGCAACACGGAGAACUGCCCACACGGCUCAGCAUUGACCUUCCGUGAAGAGCAGUGUGCUGCCUACAACCACCGAACCGACCUCUUCAAGAGCUUUCCAGGGCCCAUGGACUGGGUUCCGCGCUACACAGGUGUGGCCCCUCGAGACCAAUGCAAACUCACCUGCCAGGCCCGGGCACUGGGCUACUACUACGUAUUGGAGCCCCGGGUGGCAGAUGGGACUCCCUGCUCCCCAGACACCUCCUCUGUCUGUGUCCAGGGCCGCUGUAUCCAUGCUGGCUGUGACCGGAUCAUUGGCUCCAAAAAGAAAUUUGACAAGUGCAUGGUGUGCGGCGGGGAUGGCUCUCGCUGCAGCAAGCAGUCGGGCUCCUUCAAAAAAUUCAGGUAUGGAUACAGCGAUGUGGUCACGAUCCCUGCGGGGGCCACCCAUAUCCUUGUACGGCAGCAGGGGGGGUCUGGUCUCAAGAGCAUCUACCUGGCCCUGAAGCUUUCUGACGGUUCUUACGCCCUCAAUGGUGAAUACACGCUGAUGCCCUCCCCAACAGAUGUGGUUCUUCCUGGGGCAGUCAGCUUGCGCUACAGCGGAGCCACAGCAGCCUCAGAGACACUGUCUGGACAUGGGCCGCUGGCCCAGCCCUUGACGCUGCAAGUCCUGGUGGCUGGCAACCCACAGAAUGCACGUCUGCGGUACAGUUUCUUUGUCCCGCGGCCAGUCCCUUCAACACCACGCCCUCCUCCCCAAGACUGGCUGCAACGCAGGGCAGAGAUACUGAAGAUCCUUCGGAAGCGUCCCUGGGCAGGCCGGAAAUAACCUCACUGUCCCGGCUGCCCUUUUUGGGCGCCGGGGCCUCGGACUCAUCUGGGAGAAUGAGCAGGCUUCUGCAACUGCCUCCUGCUAAAACACAGUAGGGAGGUGUAGAGGGUGAGAUCUGCCUGCCUCACUGCCCCAAACCGCAGGCUGGCCCUGCCCUGGCUUCCUGCCCUGGGAGGCAGUGAUGUCUUGGUGAAUGGAAAGGGGCUAGGUGACAGUACCCUAUCUACUAAACUGCCCCCUCUACCCUGCAGGUCACAGGAGGAAUGGGGGGAAGACAGGGUGGGUCCUGGGCCCUAGUUGUAUUUAUUUGGUAUUUAUUCAUUUUUAUUUAGCACCAGGAAAGGGGACUAGGGUCUUGGGGAAACUCACCCAUUAUAGCCCUAACCUAGCUAUGAAAUCCAGGGUGUUGGUGACAAAUAUGAGUGGUGUGUGUGUGUGUGUGUGUGUGUGUGUGUGUGUUUAUGUAUGAGGUACAACCUGCCCUGCUUUCCUCUCCCUAAUUUUUUUUUUUUUCUGGGAAAAGGAAAGUCAAAGGUAGGACUGCCUUCAGGGAGUAAGGGAUGAUUGUGUUUUUAAAUUGAAGUUUGCUAUUUAUAUGCUCUUUUUGGAGUCAGACAAAUGUGGGUUAUAUUCUGGCCCCGCAUCUUUGAGCAUUAGUUUUCUCAUGUGCCAAUAAUAAUCCCUUAGAAAUUGGUUGUAAGGAUUAAAUGAUGUUAAUAAAGAACUAGCAUAGAGCCUCUCACUCAGUAGGUGCUCAAGGAAUGGCAGCUGCUGCUCCUGUGGUCCUUGUUCUCCCAGUCACCCUCCACAGAGGCUCUGCCAGGCACUCGAAGUCCACAAGGAUUCAUGUCACUUGUGCCUAUCUUUAGUCCCAGGCUCAGGACCUUCGGUUGGCAGGACCCUGUUUAGGAUUUGGAGAGAGUUCAGACUCUCAGAUGGCCAUCUUGUCUAUUACUUCUGUAGGCACGUAAGCACCUGCAGCAGACAUAAUAAACACUUGGCAAAGAUAGUCAACAAGAACAUGAAGGUACAAGAACAGAACCCAACAACUCCCUGGACACAAACAGGAGCUUAGUUGUAAGAAUGGCGGAAGGGGCAGAGAAGGGAUGAUGUAAUAGCAUCCUGGCAUUCCAGGAGCUGGUGGAUCUGAACUUGAGUUAGGGUUCAGCAUCUUAUUACCUGGGUGAUGUUGGGCAAGUGCUGAUAAGUGACCUUGGAGUACAAGUCUGUGGAAUGGGGCCAGUAAUAACUGCUCUGACAGCAUUGCUCUGUGCUCAAGGAUUUUCAAACAGUAAAGGCCGUUGUAACAGGAGAGGUGACCUUUGUGGUGACAGACUGGGACAGUGACUCCAGAAUCAAUCAAAGUAAGCCCAACCAACAUCUAGGAAUGGAAUUCAAUGAGAGGAACAGGAUGUGGUCUGGUAUUGCCUAAUAAUCAACAAAGCAAAGCAAAGCCAAAAAAAAAAAAAAAAAUCCUACAAGAGUGGAGCCAUCUGUCAAUCUGUCCAGUGGUGGCGGAAUGCGAGGACCAGCACUGGCUGAAAUGGAUCUCCCUUCCUUGAGGGGUAACCUAGUCAGUCUUAUGUGCGUCAGGGACUGGCGAAAGUGUCAGUGGAGAAUUUCACAUGCUAAGUGGCAAAUGCAGAGCUUCUAGGAUUGUGGAAGGGACUGAAUGCUGAGGUAGGAAGGAGCUGUAGGUUAGGAAGACCCUGAGGUGAGGGUGGACUGUGGAGACACUAAAGGCAUCUUGCUCUGCCAAAGGAGAGUAGGGGUGAGAGGGGGAGAGGCAGGCACAGAGGGCAAGGCUGUUUGUGUGCUGUAUUCAUUGGGACCAGGCUUGGCUGGUCAAGUUCUAAACGAGGCAGGGCAGAGCGUUGUAGAGUGCUCUGUGCCUUACACCAGCAAGCACAGUGGCUGCUCUCUCUGCAGGCUUGAGGGAAGGGCUGGCUACACUCCUCUCUUUAGCGUGCAUUGCUCUCACUCCCAUGCUUGCUCUCUGAUGUGGGCCUUGUGGUGCUUCUACCAACCAGGCAGGGGGAGGCAGCAACAGGACAGUGGCAUCUUCAGUUGCUUCAUCUCAGUGGUAAGAUUGGACCAACAGUAUGUUUAUGGAACUUAAUACUAUGAACUCACGGUACAAGCAGAGCUUUGUUGAAGUGAAGGUAAAACACAAAUGAUAUACGGCCGUGUCCUUAAAGAGCUCACACUGCAUCCUGGGGGAGGGGGGAGGUUGUGCAGCACAUGUCCACAAAGAGAGUCAAGGGUCAGUCUGAGGAGCUAUAAGAUAAAGGCAAAAUGGACUUUGUGAAGCUUGAGCCUUGUACCUGAGCACCAGGGCUCAGGAAGGAGGAACGUGAUUUGGGCUUUGGGAAGUGGGUCAUUAUGGUAACGCUUCUCACAUUUCUUUGAGGUUCUUGGCAAUUUACUUUGUAAGUCACUGUCAUAUGUUAUUUUAAAGAAAAACCACUUUGUUCACCAGGUAGGGUUCUUACUGGCACGAAGAAAUUUUCUCCUUGGGAGGUAGAAACAGAUGGGUCGGAAUUUCAAGGCUAUCCUCCGUGGCAACAUCAUAGCAUAAAGGCCAGUUUGGUUACAUGGAACUUUGUCUCAAAAGAGGAGGGGGCUGGAGAGAUGGCUCAGAGGUUAAGAGCACUGACCACUUUUCCAGAGGUCCUGAGUUCAAUUCCCAGCAACCACAUGGUGGCUCACAACCAUCUGUAAUGAGAUCUGACGCCCUCUUCUGGUGUGUCUGAACACAGUGACUAUGUACUCAUAUAAAUAAAUAAAAUCUUUAAAAAAAAAAAGAGGAGGAGGAGGAGGAGGAGGAGGUAGAGAAUUUUGAAGGCUAGAGAGAUGCUCAGCCGUUAAGAGUACUGGCUGCUCCUCCAGAGAACCUGAGUUUGAGUGCCAGCACCCAUACGGCAGCUCACAACCAUUUGCAACUCCAGUUCCAGGGAAUCAAUACUCCCUUUUGUUCUCUGUGGGUACUUAGGCACGCACGUGGUGCAUAGACAUACAUGCAGACAGAACACUGAUAUCCACAAAGUGUAAAUAAAUAAAGAAAAAUUAAAAAACAUUGAGUUUAA